AUAGGAUUUCUAAUAAGUUUGGUACGCUAAUACAGUGGGUACCUAUCUACCUAUGCAUAGUAUUUUAGACUUUUUCAGAAAUUUUUAUACAAAUUACAAUUUUAAUAAACUUUAUGUAAUAUAAUUAAUAUGUUGUUAUGUUCACAGAACGACAGAACACUGGAAGCAUUUUAAAUAGCGCUCUGAUAUUAUUAUUUAUCAACAAUAAAAUCGGAUGUACCUAUUUGUAUAGGUAUCUAUUGAAUUAUAUUUCAAUUGCGUCUUGUUUAAAUAAAUCAAUCGGUUGCUCUUAGAAAUACAUUCAUUAGAUCGAAAAAAAUUGACAAACAACUAACAAGUAUAUUAAUUGAAUAUCAAAAACCAAUAAAAUGAUUUAUGCUGUAUAUUUUACAAAAACAACAUCACUAUACUGGUCGGAGUGCAUUUUGGCAUCAUGUUUAGGCCGGGCGCACACCAAAGCAUAGUACAUUUACUUUUUUGCGUUUUAAAAUAAUAAAUAACAUCUAUUACCGAAUAAUAUAUUUUUUUGUUUCUAUGGAAAUAUUUUACAUAAAUAGUUUAUUUUAUUAUUUUUUUUAAAAAUUUUUUCUUUUUUUUAUCAAAUUCAAAAAAAGGUACCGGUAUAGUUUACGAACAUGCUUAUUAUAUAAAUAUGUCUAAUAACACUUGUGAUGCCAUAAGGCAUAAAACUAAAAGAUUCAGCUUUAAGAGAAAGCCGUUUAAUUCGAAUCAAAAAGGAAACGAGCCAAAAAGAGAGACAAAAAAAGAUGUGAAAAUAGAGACGAAAGUGCAUGAAUACCAGGAACCUCAAGAACAUCACAGAAAGUCAGAGGUUGGUUUCCACAAUAAACCAAAAAAGGUAGAUGAUAAAAUUAAUCACGACCAUAAUGAGCAAAAAGAAACAAUAACACAAGAUGAUAAUUCUAAAAUGGUAAUAAAACCGAAUGGUUUUGAAAACAAAGCCACACAAACAAGAAUUUGUUGUAUUCAUAACCACUGCAAGAGAAAACAGCGAAAACGAAACGGAAAUUUUUUUCCCGAAGCGUGGUCUUGUUUAACAAAUUUGUGUAAAUAAAAAAAAAAUAAUAAUAUUUAUAUCUGAAUUUUUUUUAUUCCAACUUUUUUACAUUUUAAUUGGUACAUAAAUGAAUUCUAUUAUUGAUUAAAGGAUUGCUAAUUUUAAAUUUCUAAUUUUAUUUUACACUAUAAUAUUAUGUUUUUACAUACAGACUUAAAAUUUGUAUACAUUAAUAAAUUAAUUUGAUCAAGUCUAUUAAUUGUAAAAUCAUUUAUUUAUCAUAUUUUUAAAAACAAUUAUUAUGCUAGUAUCAAUUAAUACAAGAAUUAAUUUAUGUAUUGAAAUGUAAAAAGGUUAGAAUAAAAAAAUAUAAAAA